CUUCUAGCCCUGUUACCGAAUGACAAUGUUACUCAAUAAAUUGUAAAGAAUGAACACGUUAUUGUUAGGGAACUAAAGAUGGAGGUUUACAACACUGGAGCAAACUUGAAAAAGUGAAAAGAAAUAGGAUCAUAGUAAUUUGAAAUAGAAGCACUUCCUAGGCGAUCAAAUCCACCCCGUGCAAGGAUAUGAUAUAGUUUUCAGUAGAGGACAUGUCAGAUAUGACAGUACUUUUUCACCAGAUCUUAACCAAAAGUCCUUGUAAGGCAUUAAAACCACAUGGCACUUCUAAACAAAUAAUAUUUCUACAGAAGGUACAGGUUGUAUUUAGCAGGUGUUUUGCUCUGUUCUCUUAGCUGUUGUUGAAGAUGUAUAUGUUGAUUUGGUAUGUCUCCUCAUGCUGGGAAUUGCACCUCCAGCUCGAAGUGUGGACAUAGAGUAGAAGAAUCAUAAGAUUCCCCUGAGACACAGGUAAGGAGAAGAAGCCUAAUGCCUGAGGGAAGGGUGCAUUCAGAGAGACCCAAAAGGCGACAGAGGUGCAACUAGCCUGUGACAAUGACAGUACCUAAGUAUGGACUUAGGAGCCGAACUUUAGGCAGUCACUUUUGAAAACCUUGACCCCAGCAAGUAGCAACUGUGGUAAAAAUAAGUUUUGAAGGACCUACAAGAGGAGAUUUUUCAAAGAACAAAUGGCAGUUGGGAAUCUAACUCGCAUUGAAAAUUUCUCCCAAGAGUUUGAAAGAUUUGUAGUAUGGAAAAAGGCCGUAAGGUGUUGUGCUUCUUUAGCUGCUCUGAGUUGAUGUGGCACAGAGUGAAAUGGAUUCAAUGGAAAUGGAGUGCAAUGUGUUGUAAAAUAUCUGGAUAGUCAGAAAAUUCAACUGGCUGUGAGAGAAAGCAGGAGCCUCUAUGAAGCUCUCAUCAGGAGCAGGGAAAGGCUGAUGUUUAAUACUGUUGAUUUAAUAGGCUAGAAAACCCUGGGAUAUAUAGGGUACAGAGCAUUGUUGGAAAACAAACUUCAUUUCAGUAUCCAUCCAGCAAAAAUGGUGCUGCCAAGAACCAGAGCAUAUUGGGGUGAGGAGAAGGAACUUACUGACUGAGAGGAAAUUUUUUAACCUUGAUUACAAAGAAGGAUUCAGCAAUUGCUGAGAGUUGUAUUAAUAGUACUUCAUAUCCAUACCUGUCUCAUCCAACAUGUCCAUUUAAGUGGGCCCUGAUAACUAUUUCCUGGAAUUUGCUGAAGAGCAGUGCCUAACAUUUCUCAGAAACUUGUCUUCUCAUCCUCCCCACAGCCAGAUUGGGAUGCAUAUGCACUAACUAUGUUUAGCAGGCCAUAUUCAAAAGCCAGCUUGACCAUCCUUAACCUGAUUCUAUUUACUGUCAGCCUCUUUCCUUUAUUUUACUCUCAAGGGCUAUGCCUACUCCAUGUCUUGAGUUGGAGCCCCUGCAGUAUUUUGUAUUCUUCACCAAUCACUUUGGCCUUUUCCCUUUUCUGUUUUGUUUCCUGGAUGUAUGCUAUCUGUAUCUUCCUCUUCAGUGUCUCUGCUGGGUCCAUGCUACAGCCAGUUAGUGUGCCGACAUUCCAGCUUGCCUGUCUGAUCUUAGUUUUCUGGGGAGCUUCUUUAACUGCACACGCCCAAAGCUGUACCAUAGCCAUGGCCAACUUUCCACCACACUUGGGCGGGGGCACUGUGCAUCGUUUCUAGAAUCCCCCUCAUUUUCUUGAUUCAUUUCAGGACUCAUAGUGUCAAUUUAUGUAAAUUUUUGCUGCCAACCUGAUGCCAACUCUCUUCCUUUUUCAACUGGGCUUGGAAUUGGUUCUGGCAGAGGAAAAGUAUUCACAUGAAGUUCAUGGAUCUGGAAAAAGCCUCUGACUGAAUUCCAAGGGAAGUCAUCUGAUGGUGCAUGAGGAGGAAGAUUGUGCAAAACUUGUGCAGCUUAUUGAAGCCAUAUAUAAAAAACCCUGGGUGGAUUCUGAAGGACUGUGCAUUGAAUCACCGUCCAGAGCCCUUGUUGGAGUUGAAGUGAUCUCUGCAGUGGGUCAGUCGCUUGUCGCUCCAAGAUCCAACCGCAGGGAUUCCACAACACCCACCAGAAUUAAUAAGUUUAUCAUUUAUGAACUUGCAAACUUCAACGGUUACUCCAAAGAACUGACCUCUGACAUCUCCCACCUGGGGUCUGUAGACGGACAUGACUGCAUCUCCUCACUGAAGGUCAUUGACCAGCCCUGGGUGGCCUACCAGCAUCAUCAUUAUUCAGGUUUUCUGAAUUGGGGCCAGUAGGAGGAGGCAGACGAGCACACACUACAGGAGCUUCUCAGUCACUGCUUCUGCUCCAAGAACCAAUUGCAAAGAUCCUGCCACACCCACCAAAAUGAAUGGGAUCAUCAUUUAUGAGCAUGCAAACUUCCAAGGUAAAUCCAAAGAAUUCACUUCUGACAUCGCUGACUUGAAGCCUGCAGACUGGGCCCACUGUGUCUCCUCUGUAAAGGUCACUGGCCAACCCUGGGUGGCAUAUGAGCAUCCUAAUUAUUCAGGCAAGUUCCUGGUGUUUGAGGAAGGUGAAUACAGCUUUGUUGUUGAAGAUAUGAAUGACAAGAUCACUUCUCUCAAGCUGAUCACUGAAAACCUGAAGAAUCCCAAGAUCACUCUGUAUGAACAUGCCAACUAUCAAGGGGAGAUCAGGGUGGUAACAGAAGCAACUAGUCUGAGCAAGGGAUCUUUCAAUGACCGAGUGUCUUCCCAUAAGGUGCAGAGCGGUGCCUGGCUAUUGUGUGAACAUGAGGAUGGAAGCGGCUUGAAUUAUGUUGCCCGGAAAGAUGAACAGCUUCUAAACUAUGAAUCGAUCAAUUUAAAUGACAAGCUUUCAUUUCUGCGCCCCCUGAGAGCCGGCUGGCGCUAGUUCUGAUGGGCUGCAGAGCCUGCCAUUCUGGGGUGCCAUUGAUCGGCUGAGCCCCUACAGUUAGAGCUCUGCCCAUGUUUGCACUUCAUUGCUCCACACACCACAGAAUCAGUGAAUUUGGGAAACCGCCACUCAUCCUGUGCUGUGCUUCAUAGCCUGGUAUCCUGCUGUUUGUCCCCCAAGGCCGCGCCAGAACUUUGUCUAGAACUUCACCCCCCCAGUCUCCUUCAUGCUCUCCCUGAUCAGCAGCUUCCUCUGGGGUGUUCCCUCCCCUCCCAGACCCUUCACACAGCUCUAACUAGGAGGCUUAUUCAGGGAUCUGCUGGCCUUUCUCUGUCAUUUAUUUUCCUUUCAAUCCCUUCUCCCGGGAUAAGACAACCUCUGGAGUUCCCUGAGCUCUACAUUUCUAUGAUUCUAUGAUCAUAGAGGGUCCCCCAGAAGUGUUUGAGCCAACCUUGGGAAUAUCCUGCCCCAUUAUCUCCAUGACACCCAGAGACAGAUUGAAAGGAAUGUCCACAUGGAUGAAACAGAAGGAAUCAACCAAACAGAUCUUCAGCAAACCUUGAUCACCACAAUCUAAAGAAAGUGUGAGAUUUCCAGUUUAUACAGCUUCAUGUGGGGUGGGAAAGGGGAUGGGGAGGGGAUCAUGUUCUUUGUGGAGAUAGGAACUUCCAGCACCUCCUAGUAUCAGCACCCACCAACAGGGAAAAAAUCAUGGUAUGCCACUGGCUAAGAGAUCUCACACAGUGCUUGUCAUCUGCGCCCUAACAUGCCAUGUCAAGAUUGAUCGAGUUGAUCACCAUCUAGGAUGGGAGAAGAAGAACUGAGCAUGAGGUGCACCAGAGCACACUGCUCAUAGCACCAACCCAGGGCAUCGAUCCAGGAGUAAGCUCCAGCAUGGAGGUGGCUCCACAAACCCGUUGUGUUUCCUACCUCUUCCAUCCCAACAUGCUCAUGUCGGCUUCCAAGAAAGGGUUGAAGGGUUUCAAGUCCGCUAGCUUCUCUGAGUGAUUUAUUGUUAACCUGCUCCAAUAAAAUGAUUUGCAGUGAAA